AUGUUAUUCUACACUGAACCAACCUUGGAUGCUGGAAUGAUCAUGAAUACUGGAAGAGGUCCUGGUGAUCUUGGAAAUAUUGAUGACUGUUUGGGAAUGGCUCCAAGUGCACAUUAUUGUGUGUAUCAAUCAACAAUUAAUGUUCCAGACUAUGGUCUAUAUACUUAUGUGAUUGGAUUGUGUGUUCCUUCAAGUUGUAAUACUACCGAGGAUCUCUCCGCUGCAAUCUUGGAGAUGUUGGCUGUACAAGUUGUGUUUGCCUAUCCAGGAAAUGAAACAGUUAGCCACUGCUAUAACUCUUAUGACAACAUCACUGUAAAGUCAUGGACCACUGGUGCCAAGGUAAUGGUCGGUGUCUGUACAUUCUUUGGUCUGAUGAUGGCCAUUGGCACGAUCGUUGAGUAUCUGUCCAUCAAGUAUCCCCGUGGAUUCAAAAAGUCCGAUGAGACCGAAGCUUUGUUGGAUGGAUUUGGAAUGAUCCGCGAGAAUGGCUCUGGUGAGCCAGUCAACGAGCAACAGCCACUUGGAGAGAGAUCAAAGUUUGCCGCCGUGUUCCUUGCCUUCUCUUUGAUAUCCAACUACCGAUCAUUCACCCAAGGCGCCUCUUCAAACCGUCGCUUCGAUGCCCUCGAUGGAAUAAGGACCCUGUCAACAUGUUGGGUGCUCCUUGGUCACUCCCUCCUAUUCUCUGCCCAACUUGGAAUUGACAACAUAUCAUACGUCUUUACCGACGUGCGCCAGUUGUUCACAUUCCAAGCCUUGCCUGCUGGGGAGUUCGCUGUGGACAUCUUCUUUAUGCUAAGUGGUUUCCUCGUGGCUCACACCGUGCUGGUGCAACUGGACAAACGCGAGGAGAGUGGCAAGGGCUCAGGUCUAUUGUUCUGGCUCCAAUACGUCGUUCAUCGUCUACUCAGACUGUCACCACUCUACUACUUCCUACUGUUUGUUCUCUGGCAACUGUCGCCAAUGUUUGGAAGUGGCCCACUCUGGUACCAAUACAACGUGUCGUCCAGCUGUGACCAAUAUUGGUGGACCAACUUGUUGUACAUCAACAACAUGUACCCUGCCACAUUGGACCAAGAGUGUAUGGGUUGGUCAUGGUACCUGGCCAACGACAUGCAGUUCUACCUUCUUGCGCCAUUCGUUCUCUUGGCCUACCGCAAGUUCAAGCCAGCAGGGUGGUUGAUGAUCGUCGCUCUGUUGGCAGUCUGCUUCACGACCAACAUCUGGAUCACCAUCAAGUUCCACUUGGCCACAUUCUUUGACCUGUCGCCCCAGGUCACCGACUUCACAACCGACAUCUACAGCAAGCCGUGGACUCGCGUCGGUCCGUUCGCAGUCGGUCUCGCCGUCGCCCUAUUGUACCGUAUCGAGAAGACUAGAGAGUUGUACAACAAGCCUCUGUUCAGAUACACAGCCUACAUUCUCGCGCUGAGCAUCACCUUCUUCUUCACCUACAUACCCUACACAUCAUUCCACUCAGACAACGGAUGGAACAACACUGAGAACGGAUUGUACAAUGGAUUCGCUCACACUUUGUUCACGGUCGGUCUUGCCCUAUACAUGAUGUCGACGUUCUAUGGCCAUGGAGGUGUGCUCGGUCAAUUCCUCGAGCUGCCCAUCUUCAAGUACUUCUCCAAGUUGACGUACUCUACAUAUUUGAUACAUCCGAUUGUGAUAUUCACCGGACUGUUCUCUCGCACAACCUUCACGCACUACUCACCGACAGAGUUUGCAUGGAUGUACACUGGUAACACUGUUCUAUCAUUCGCAGCAGCCUUUGUAGUACAUCUUGCCGUUGAGAAACCAUUCGUGAACCUCGAGCGACUCAUCCUACCAAGUCGCAGACAAUCAUCAAGUCGUCCAUACGAUCACAACAAGGAUAUCAACUAA